CCGCCCACGGGGGGCCAAGCAGGGGGAGCCCGCGGCCUGCUGCCGGCUGCUGCAGCGGCGAGUGCGCACUGCGCGAGGACGGGAGCGGGAGACUCCGCUGGGUCCAGAGUGAGGAGAGGGGUAGCCGUGCAGGGUGUGCAAGGCGGCGGCGCGGAAGAUGCCGAGCACGGACCUUCUGAUGUUGAAGACCUUCGAACCCUACUUUGAGAUUCUGGAGGUCUAUUCCACAAAAGCCAAAAACUACGUCAAUGGGCACUGUACCAAGUAUGAGCCAUGGCAGCUGAUUGCCUGGAGCGUGCUCUGGACCCUGUUGGUGGUAUGGCUCUACCAGUUUGUCUUCCAGCCUGAGAGUUUAUGGUCUCGGUUUAAAAAGAAAUGGUUUAGGCUCAUGAGGAAGUUCCCCAUCAUUGGCCGAAAGAUCCAGGAGAAGGUGAACAAGGCCAAGGAGGACCUCAACAAGAACAUGUCCUUCCUGCAAGUAGACCGAGAGUACGUGAAAGUGCUGCCUGCCCAAGGCCUCAGCCCAACUGCUGUUCUGGAGAGGCUCAAGGAAUAUAGCUCUAAGGAUGUCUUUUGGCAAGAAGGACGAGCGUCAGGCGCUGUGUACAAUGGGGAGGAGAAGCUGACGGAGCUCCUGGUACAGGCUUAUGGAGCUUUCGCUUGGAGCAAUCCAUUGCAUCCUGACAUUUUCCCAGGACUUCGUAAAAUCGAGGCAGAGGUUGUGCGGAUCACGUGUUCCCUGUUCAAUGGCGGCCCAGACUCUUGUGGAUGUGUCACCUCUGGAGGGACAGAAAGCAUCCUCAUGGCUUGCAAAGCUUACCGGGACCUGGCCUUUGAGAAUGGGAUCAAAAAUCCAGAAAUUGUGGCUGCAGUAAGUGCUCACGCUGCCUUUGACAAAGCAGCCAAUUAUUUUGGGAUGAAGAUUAUCCGGGUGCCUCUGAACAAGAAGAUGGAGGUGGAUGUGAGGGCCAUGAGAAGAGCCAUCUCCAAGAACACUGCCAUGCUGGUCUGUUCUGCCCCAGGCUAUCCUCAUGGGGUGAUGGAUCCUAUCCCUGAAGUGGCCAAGCUGGCUGUCAAAUAUAAAAUACCUCUCCACGUCGAUGCUUGUUUGGGGGGUUUUCUCAUUGUCUUCAUGGAAAAAGCAGGAUACCCACUAGAGCAACCCUUUGACUUCCGGGUGAAAGGUGUGACCAGCAUUUCAGCUGAUACUCACAAGUAUGGCUAUGCCCCCAAAGGUUCCUCAGUGGUGUUGUACAGUGAAAAGAAGUACAGGGCCCAUCAGUUCUUCGUGGCCACAGACUGGCAAGGUGGCCUCUAUGCUUCGCCAAACAUUGCGGGCUCAAGGCCUGGCGGUAUCAGUGCAGCCUGCUGGGCCACCCUGAUGUACUUCGGUGAGAGCGGCUAUGUGGAAGCCACCAAACAGAUCAUCAAAACCACUCGCUUCCUCAAGUCUGAAUUGGAGACCAUCAAAGGCAUCUUUGUUUUGGGGAACCCUCAGGUGUCAGUCAUUGCUCUGGCUUCCCGGGACUUUGACAUAUUUCGACUCUCGAACCUGAUGUCUGCUAAGGGCUGGAACUUGAACCAGCUACAAUUCCCUUCCAGUAUACAUUUCUGCGUCACCUUAGUGCAUACCCGGAAGCGAGUGGCCAUACAGUUUCUGAAGGACGUCCGGGAAUCCGUCACUCAGAUCAUGAAGAACCCUAAAGCGAAAACCACGGGAAUGGGCGCCAUCUAUGGCAUGGCCCAGGCAACUGUAGACCGGAACCUGGUGGCGGAAUUAUCCUCAGUCUUCUUGGAGAGCCUUUUCAGCACGGACAGUGUGCCUCAGACCAACCAGAUGAACGGUUCCCCCAAACCCCAUUGAACCUAGAACCCACCAGAGGCUUCUGAUCUUCAGAAGGUUCUUGGGGUAGGGGCCAGGCCACAUGGUUGCAGCAUUCAAUUUUGCUCGAUAGAGCACAAGAAGACAGGCCAUGGAUAACCAGAUCCUCAGGAUCUUCCUCCUCCUCUUUGACCUCCUUUUCUUCCUCCUCUUCCUCUCAUUCUUUAGUGGCCUUGACUGUGAAUGCCCCAAAGGAUUCUCUUAAGUAAUCGGUUUUUUGCCCUUUGGAUCGUGAUCCUCACAAUCGUCUUAACCAUUCUGUCUCUAACCUUAUCUCAUUUUUGACUUGACUUAAUCGUG